GCAGAGAUCGCAGAACCAGAAAACAUUUCACACUUCCAGAAUUUUCAGACUUCAGGGCUCAGGGCUGAAGUGGAGCUUAUCUGAAAAUCCAAAACUGUUCUGGCUCAGUGAUUGUUCCUUGCUCAGAAAAAUGGCUGACCCAAAGUAUGCCGAUUUGCCUGGAAUUGCUUAUGAUGAACCAGAUGUGUAUGAAAUCAAUGAUCUUCCAGAAUCUGAACAAACUGCUGAUUUCUAUGAGGAAGAGGACCCAGUGGAACGCAUUCACAUCUCAACAGAUGAUGCUUUCAACAAGUUCAAAGAUAAAUUCUUGCAUGCAGAAAAUGUUGAUUUCUCCUCAAGAAUAGGUAAACGUAUAAGAACAGGCUAUGAUGCUGUGACUGGUGAUUGGGAACUAGUUGGAUCUGACCAAAAAGAGACCCCAAUUCAAAAGUAUCACCGGCUCCAGUGUGAAAUGAAAGAAUUACUGGAGGAAGUCAACAACAUUCAAAAAGAAAAUGAGGAUGAAGAUCCAAAUUGUUUGGUGUCCAGUCACAAAGUUGAAUUGGCACUUAAACAACUUGCUGAUUUGAAGCUAAUGGAAAGUUUGGGUGAAGAAGUUGUUUCCAAAAUAUCAAAUCCUCAAGGAUCACAAAUCAAAAAACUGUUUUCUCAGUUGGAGCAGUUUAAGGCCAACAUAAAUGAGAAACCUGAAUCUGAGCCCCAAGGUGAUGAGUCAGGAAUUGUCUAUCAGUUCAGCUACAGACCUGAGCAGGGGCGUUUAGAGCAAUCUUCUAGAUUGGCAGACUUGGAGGCCAGACUACAUAAACUGGAAACUGUUCUGGGAGCUUCUAGUGAGAAGCUAUCUAGAUUGACAACAGCUACCUCCAAAGGCAGUUUACUGGAGGUGGCUGAGCAUUUGAGUGCUACUGCCAGCUUAUUGGAUUCAUCUCAGCUAGACCAUAUUGAAGGUCGGUUAGGAGCCCUAUCUCAAAAACUGGAGGCAAUUACAGAGAAGAAAACACAAGUUUUACAAGACGAGGAACAAGACAAGAAAGUGUUAGAACUAUAUGAAUUAUUCAAAAAUGCUGAAGGAGUGAUCAAACUUCUUCCACAAACAAUUAUGAGGCUAAAAGCAUUGGAAGAACUUCACAAUAAAGCAACUGACACAAUGAAAGAUCUAACUCAGAUUGAGGUAACACAGGCUGAAAUGAAUGGAAAUGUGCAGAACAACAAGAUGCUAUUACAGGGUGUACAAGAAAGUUUUGCUAUGAGUUUGAAUGAAAUAAAUUCUACAGUUGUCAGUCUUGAUGCACGAAUUAAAGCUUUGAAGAAGAAAUAGAGCACUAUCAGGGAAAAUAUUCACUAUAAUAUAUUUAUAGGUACUAUUAUGUUAACAGGAUUACUUGCAAAUAAUUUAUUUUCUAUUCAAUGUUUCACUACAGCUUUAAUAUAUUCUAGUAAAUUAAUAAAUGAUU